GCCGGCAACUUGGCUAUACCGUUUCACGCUCGGGCUUCCACUCACUCACUCUCACUCACUAACUUAUCUUUUACUCCUCACCGUCCAUCGGCAUACACAUUCGACACUGCACGAUGUCGCUCAUGGACCUUCGUGUUGAGUUGCCUGCUCACUCCCAGUCAUUCCAAGUUCAGGUCCAGGGUCACUGGACCGUCCGGGAGAUCAAGGCAGAAAUACAAAGAGCAUGUCCCGGCGCGCCGCAUGUGGAUGGCCAACGAGUCAUUUGGAGAGGCCGGAUUCUCACAGACGAGGAGAGGGUGGGAGAUAUAUGGAAAUCUCCGAGCGACGCGAGGGUAGUCCAUCUCGCCGUUCGCCCUUCGGCUUGGGCAACCCCUCCAACGGCUUAUGUUCCACCCCUUCCUACUACCAACGAAGCCACAGCCCAGUCAACACCUCAGACAGCUGCUCAACGCUUACAAGCCACCCCAUCUCCUGUUAUCCCGCUUUCCUUCAUUGUCGAUAAACACGAAACCGCUAUUCGCGUUUUGACACACGGUCGCUUGCCGCUCCUUUCUGAGACAAUACUCGACAACCGGCAAGCUCGGUCAUUUGCGGUCAGUGCUUUGUACGCCCAUGGCUGGGCAUGGCCCGCUAUCUUAGAUGAAGGAUAUCCAGCCCAGUCGGAUCCCAAUGACGGCGUCAAAUACGAGCAGGUAGUUAUUGACAAUCAGCUCUACCUCCGUUUGGCAACGCCCAAUGUCACACCAACUCCAAUUCAGCAGCACGCUCUGAAGAUUCUGUCCCACACAUUUCCCUUACUUUCCAUCACUACUCCCGACCCCUCCGCCUACCAAGCUCUACCCCACGCCAUGUCUUAUGGAACCACCCCGACGACCAAUCUCAAUCAGUAUCUCCAACAGGUCGGCAUUCCCCCCUUGCGCCUUGCUCCCAACCAGCCGAAUAAUCCCAACGAUCCUAAUAACCCUGUCGUUGCCGAGAUACGCGCCAUUCCGCUACGUGCCCUCCUCAUGCCCCUUGUGAUGCUCAGCUUCCGCACGUUCCUCCUUAUGUACUUCUUCUCACCCUCAAAGCGACCAUUUUUUGGUGUUCUUCUUUCGCUCUGGAUUCUCUACGAAACCUGGGGCGCUCUCCGGGUGGUGCUGGGGGAUCGGCCAGCGGGUCAGGGUGCAGCACAGGCUCGUGGCGACCCGGCCGCCGCCGACCAGGGUGCCAAUGCCCAGCGUGGUCAGGCGGCGGCAGCCCCUGCGGGUUCAGCACAAAGUGACAGGCGCGGACACUUCGACUUUCUCCUGAACCACAUGGCAAACUCGGGCUUAUCCUCGGAGGACGCGACUCUCGAUGCCGCUACCCCCGCGCCGGAGCCUACAGUCGCCCGCAGAGUCAAGUCUUUCGUUUCGUUGAUGCUCAUGACGCUGCACCCCGCCGUCUGGGAUCGCCGCCGUACCGCGCUCCGCAGGAGAGAAGGCCGGCUGAGGACCGAGGCGAACGUGCGCGAGAGCACUCCCGCCGAAGGAUCUGGUGAGGAAGAUGCGAACCGCGUGCAGGCACGAGCUCAAGUCACGGCGAGGCACGAACGCAGGCCGCAGUGGGUCCAGCGAUACGUGGAGCGGGUGCAGGUGACGGAGUGGGCCGAUGAUUCAUAAGAUUACUCUUCGCAGAGGUGGACUCUAGCUAAGUAUCAGGACUGUACGAUACAUGAUGGACUCAGUUGGAUUUCUUGCCGCAAGAGAUAUGGCAUUCAUACUAUUUGUCUUGGAGUAUAGAUAUAAAUAUAUAUUGUGCACACGGUUUACAUAAAUAAAUAGUAGAUUGGGC